UCACUUAAAAACACAUCUCAGGUGGGUGGGGUGGCUCACACCUGUAAUCCUAGCAUUUUAGGAGCCGGAGGUGAGCGAAUUGCCUGAGCUCAGGAGUUCAAGACCAGCCUGGGCAACAUAGUGAAACCCUGUCUCUAUUAUAAUAUAAAAAAUUAGCCAGGUGUGGUGUCGUGCGCCUGUAGUCCCAGCUACUCAGGAGGCUGAGGUAGGAGAAUUGCUUGAACCCAGAAGGCAGAGGUUGCGGAAAGCCAAGAUAGCGCCACUGCACUCCAGUGUGGGUGACAGGGAGAGACACCAUCUCCAAAAUACUUAAAAAAUACACACACACACACACACACACACCUCAAACUGAACCCUUUAGGGGACACCCAGGCAGGGUGCCCAGCAGGCAGCUGAACUCAAGCACCUAGAGCUCAGGGACUUGGUGGAGCCAGGGCUACAGAUCUGGAGUCAUCAGCACAUGGGUGGUGGUUUCCCCUUCGGGAGGGAAUGAGGUCACCCAGGAAGCAUGCCCAGAGGGGAAGAGCAAAGGGCCAAAGAGGGAAUUGUGGGAGUGUUGACAUUCAAGGGACAGGUAGAGGAAGUGAGUCUACCAGACCCAGGAGGGAAGAAGAAGUAGGAAGAGACCCAGGAGGCCAAGGGAGUGGAAUCAGAGACCCAGGGCCCAGGACCGUGCCUGGCGUGGAGCAGGGCCCGGCUGCCUGCUCCCUCAUGAUCAUGAACAAGAUGAAGAACUUUAAGCGCCGUUUCUCCCUGUCAGUGCCCCGCACCGAGACCAUCGAAGAAUCCUUGGCUGAAUUCACGGAGCAAUUCAACCAGCUCCAAAACCGGAGGAAUGAGGACCUGCAGCUCGGUCCUCUUGGCAGAGACUCCCCGCAGGAGUGCAGCCCCUUCUCCCCAGCAGACAGCGGGGAGGAGCCAGGGCAGCUGUCCCCUGGCAUGCGGUUCCAGCAGCGGCAGAACCAGCGCCGCUUCUCCAUGGAGGAUGUCAGCAAGAGGCUCUCUCUGCCCAUGGAUAUCCGCCUGCCCCAGGAGUUCUUACAGAAGCUACAGAUGGAAAGUCCAGAUCUGCCCAAACCGCUCAGCCGCAUGUCCCGCCGGGCUUCUCUGUCAGACAUUGGCUUUGGGAAACUGGAAACCUACGUGAAACUGGACAAACUGGGAGAGGGCACCUAUGCCACAGUCUUCAAAGGCCGCAGCAAGCUGACGGAGAACCUCGUGGCCCUGAAGGAGAUCCGGCUGGAGCAUGAGGAGGGAGCGCCCUGCACUGCCAUUCGAGAGGUGUCUUUGCUGAAGAACCUGAAGCACGCCAAUAUCGUGACCCUGCACGACCUCAUUCACACAGAUCGGUCCCUCACCCUGGUGUUUGAGUACCUGGACAGUGACCUGAAGCAGUAUCUGGACCACUGCGGGAACCUCAUGAGCAUGCACAACGUCAAGAUUUUCAUGUUCCAGCUGCUACGGGGCCUUGCCUACUGUCACCACCGCAAGAUCCUGCACCGGGAUCUGAAGCCCCAGAACCUGCUCAUCAAUGAGAGAGGGGAGCUGAAGCUGGCUGACUUUGGACUGGCCAGGGCCAAAUCAGUGCCCACAAAGACCUACUCCAAUGAGGUGGUGACCCUGUGGUACCGGCCCCCUGAUGUGCUGCUGGGAUCCACAGAGUACUCCACCCCCAUCGAUAUGUGGGGCGUGGGCUGCAUCCACUACGAGAUGGCCACAGGGAGGCCCCUCUUUCCGGGCUCCACAGUCAAGGAGGAGCUGCACCUCAUCUUCCGCCUCCUCGGGACCCCCACAGAAGAGACGUGGCCCGGAGUGACCGCCUUCUCCGAGUUCCGCACCUACAGCUUCCCCCGCUAUCUCCCACAGCCGCUCAUCAACCACGCGCCCAGGUUGGAUACAGAUGGCAUCCACCUCCUGAGCAGCCUGCUCCUGUAUGAAUCCAAGAGUCGCAUGUCAGCAGAGGCUGCCCUGAGUCACCCCUACUUCCGGUCUCUGGGAGAGCGUGUGCACCAGCUUGAAGACACUGCCUCCAUCUUCUCCCUGAAGGAGAUCCAGCUCCAGAAGGACCCAGGCUACCGCAGCUUGGCCUUCCAGCAUCCAGGACGAGGGAAGAACAGGCGGCAGAGCAUCUUCUGAGCCACGCCUACCCUGCUGUGUCCCAAGGGGCAAGAGGUCACAUGGAGCACAAAUUCGGGUAGGACGGCGCCUGUGUGGUCCUCGGAGGACUGAAGAAUGAGGGCUGACAGCCAAUCCGGAAGACCGCUUGGCAGCCCUGCUGGCCACGGCUGUUUCUUCUCUCUGCUUCCCACCUGCCUCCCCGGUGGCCCUCACCUGCAUACCAACCCCUCCAUCACUCACCUCGGGGCUGGCAUGAGCUGCUUCCCUGAGAGGAUGCGAGACGGUGGGGGAGGACCUCGUACCCUCUCCCACCCUGAAGUGCUUGGGCACCAGCGUGGGAUGCACAUGGAUGGGAGAGCAAGACACCAGGAUGGGCAUUGCGCCCUGGGUACAGGCUCUACCCUCCUCUCCCAGGGGACUGCCUAGUCCCCCUUUGUGGCCCCUUGGAGCCCACACACAUUUCAUCUUUUUCCCUCCUACAGCAAGAAGAGACGGCAUGCUCUCUGGGACCCUGGAAUCCUGGGUGCCUAUGUGUGUGCCAGAGCCUGCCCCACCUGGCAGGUGUCCCAGUGACAGAAGGAAUAGUUCUCUCUUUCCAUCAGCCCUACCCUACCCUCAUUCCCUUGACACCCUCUAGCUUGAUCAAGGCUGAGCAGCGCCGGCAUGCUUGGAUGCCCAGCUGUGUGCAGAGGUGGCUUGGGACUGCCACUUGCACACCUGCCACCUCAGCCAGCCCCCGCCCAGCCCCCCAGUCUGAAUGGAGUUGCCUUAUAUUGGCAGGUGGUAGCACGCUCACUGCCCUUGGAGCUGUGACCCGGCUCCUGCCUGUCCACUCCUUCCCGAGGUGGCUUCUGCUUAUCUUAUCCUGGGGUGCUGAUUAGCCAGGCCUGGUCAGGAUCCUAGGCACAGCACCCAGAUAUGCAGAGUCACCCUCACCCUGGUGCCGGUCUGACCUCGGCUCCCAGAGGCUGGCACAGCCUCCCCAUCCCUCCUUCCUGGCCCUGUGACUCUGUCCACCUGAUCCCAAUACCAGUUUCCCUGAUCCCCUGCCACCCCAGAGGGUGGCCACAACAGGGAGAUGUGUAGAUGCCACCAUCUGAGGUAGAGGAACAGGGAACAGGAGCAGGCUCUGACGCUGAGAGGCUUGCCUCCGGGGUCUGGCAGCCUGAGUGGCAUGGCUCCUGAAGAAGGCACCCCUCUGUGUCCCCCAGGUCUCCUCAACACUGGGCUGAUCUUGAAUGGCACAGGCCAAGGGGAGGCUAGCCUCGCCUUUCUAUCUAGGCCCCCUACCCUGCCCACCUCAGGCCCCUACCCUCCACUCCUCCCCAUGGUACUGUGAAUGUCUGUGACUCAGCGCAGAGACAGAUAAUAUAUUUAAUUCAUGGUGUACAGAAA